CUGUCGAAACGCCUGUCUCCCCAGUUUACUGAAAAUGACCCGCCUAAUUUUUUUGUAUUUUUUUUUCGGUUUUAAAAAGAAUACAAACGUAAGAGACCAAUGCUUUAGUUGCUUAGUUUUCUGGAUCCCUGUGGUCAAAGUGGCCUGGUUCUGAGGACUGGAACGACUAUGCGAAUAUCUUGUUUUGCUGACCCGUUUACUAUGAAAUAAUCAUUAAACGGUACUAUCCCGUUUAAAGUCCUUGGAACAACCUGUGAAAUGCCUUUAACGUGUCUCCACUGCAAAUCAGGAGCUGUUGGAUAUGACGAAGAAGAGGACGUCAUGGUUUGUGGGACGUGUGGAACAAUUUCCGAGGAGGGAAAAAGGAGAGCGUUUCAACAUGACCCGGUUCCCUGGGUUUCUCCAAACCUCAAAUUCUCGGCUAACAGUGAUUGGCGAUACAAACACCAUCAUGCAGAACUCUUAGGGAAAGAGCGGAAAGUUAAGAAAAUUAUGUCAGACGAAGGUUGCAAGCUAAAUCUUCCACCGCGAAUCAUCGACGAAACAAUGAAAUUUAUUUUACAAACUGUUUACCGGGCAGAACUUGAUUUGCAUCGGAGAAUUCGUCCGCUUGUAUUCGCUAGUAUUUAUAUCGUAGCAAGGCAGAACCGCGUUUCUUUGUCGUUGCGAAAUAUAGCUCACGUUGCAGAUAUGGAUGUUUUCCGUAUUGGCCAUGUUGUCAAGUUUAUUUGCUCGUCGCUGAAUAUUGAACUACAGCAAACAAACGCACACGACUACUUGUCUGUCUUAGUAAAGGACUUUGAAGUACUUGGGGCCAGGGAGGUAGAGAAUCUUGCUACCAGUUUGUUGGACUUCUUAGGAGAUCUUUGCUUGGCACACGGACGCAAUCCAGUUACGUUGGCUUAUGUCUCAGUGUUUUUAAGUGUUGAAAGUAAGUAUGCAAGACCUAGUAAAAAGAUUCAUGACAAGAUAUGCUUAAUGCACGCAAUAUCAGGGACAACUGCCAAAGGAUUCUUGCAAAAAAUACGCCGUGAGUUAUGUCACAUUGUGAAAGAGUCUUUGCCAUGGAUUGGUCCAGUUCGUCCCCGUGAUGUUGCCAAGUUCAUACCAGAUGUAAUUCAAUAUAAGAGCUUAAUCACUUAUGAGCCAAGGACAUUUAGUGGAAGAAAAAGACGGGAGAAGAUCAGAGCCGAAAGGCAGGUCAUCCUUGACAGAGUGAAAGAUAGAAUUAAAAGAAAGGAAAUCUUUAGUCAGGUAAAUGCAUCAGUGACUAGGCAAGCAUCAACAGAGAUCUUAUCAGACAAUAAAACUGUAUCCAAUGUUAGUCAGCCAUUCUUUAAAGAGAAGGAAGGGAUCUCCAACAGUGUGACAGAAAUAGCCUUACCUGAAUUGUCAAUGAGUGAUGAAACACUUGGGAAAAUAAGCAGUUCAUCAAGCACAGCUGUUAACAAUGAUGCCAGAUCUGCUGAGAACCAGAAAGCCACAACAGACAAAAGUGGCUGUAACCCAGAUCAACUUAAAAAUGAAGGAGUUGAAAGCUCAACAAGCACUAAGCUGCAAGAAGAGGGUGCAUGUCUGUUACAGACAUUGCCUCAAAGACAGGUGUCUAGUGAAAUGCAUGGUCACACUAAGGAACAGAAAAAGGCAACAAGUAAAAGACCAGCAACAGAUGUUGGCAAAGCAUCUUCACAAGCUAAAAAGACAAAGCCAGAACAACCAAAGAUGAGCUCCAAACUGCUACGCUUGAAACAAAAGUAUGAGUUAUCCAAAUCCAAACAUGCCAAGGGUAGUACAGUAGCUCUUAGAAAGAUUUCCAAACAAGAGAAGGCAGAAACACCAUUUGCAACAACACCAAUCAAAAUACCUGGAGCACCCAAAGACAAAGAACUUUCUUGUACUGAAGAUAAGGAAGACAAAGAUCUUUCUAAUACUGAAGAAGCUGGUCACAUGUUUGGUUCUUCUAUUGAUGAAAAAAUGAUUGAGUUUCUUGUAUCCUGUGGAGUUGAGGACAACAAGAUUCUUGUAGGUAACCUAGAGUCAUUAUUUAUCCACCAUCAGCCUCUCAUGACAGGAUGCGAUCUCGAUAGGGAGGAUCUAGACGAUGAUGACAUACCAGAAAGUGAAAUGUCCAAUUAUAUCAGGAAUGAUAAAGACCUUAAAAAACACAAGUUGAUUUCAGCCCAUGCAAGUAAGCUUUUGUGAUGCACUGGUAUAAAGAUUGGGUCAAGUAAUGCAAACAAGAUUUUAAUAGAGAAAGUAAAUUCUCAUAUAAGUUGUGAGACUUUUUAAGAAAGUUUUUGUUACAAAAUUAAUGAUAAGGGCUGUGAAAUUAUCACCAAAAAUGAUUCAUCCAUACUCCAUGUAUGAGAACCUGGGAAAUAUAAAAUCAAAUGAUAAA